UCCACUACAAAUGCCCCGGUCCGCUCUCGUCUGACGCCACCUGCAGAGACCUUCUGUUCCUGCUACAAUGGCCCGCCUCGCCACCCUCGCCGUGCUCCUCCUCUCCCUCCUGGCCGUCGCUAGCUGCCGCGUCCUUGAGACCAUCCCCGACGACCAGGGCCCACCCAACCCCGUCCUCCUCACCCAAGAUGAUCAGGCGGAUGCUGCUGUUGCUGAGGUGACCCUUCCGGCUUUGCCCACCCCGGCAGUCACGGUGGACGGGGACGUGCUCCGGCUCCCCUCCCACCGCCGCCCCUGCCACCUCCACCGUCACCUCUGGUGGGCGCGCCACCACGGCCUCUCACACCACCGCGGCGCGUUCUCCGGUCCGGGCGAGGCGCGUGUCCAUCCCGCCGUCGACGUCGUACUCACCGAGCUUGCCCGCGGAGAAGAGCAAGAGCCCAGGGAAGCUGAGCUGGAGGCGGUCGCGGAGCCUGACCCCGACUCACGCCCGGACACCGACGCCGCAGAGAAGCUGUUUCAUGGCGAGGAGGAGGAAGAGGCGGCGAAGGCGUGGAAGGUGGAGAUGCUAAGGAGGUUCCGCCACGGCAUCCGAUUCCACCACCGCCACCAUCUUCGCCACCACCAGGAGCAGGACGGGGAGGAGCACGACGACCGCAAGCAGGACAAGGAUGAAGGCGCGAGCAUGAGCCUGUUCGGACGCUUCCACCACCGCCACCAUCUUCGCCACCGCCACGAGCAGGACGUGGAGGAGGAGGAAGACCACAAGGAGGACAAGGACGCAGGCCCGAAGAUGAAGCUGUUCGGACGUUUCCACCACCACCACGCGCACGACAGCGACAACGAGGUCGACGAGGUGGAAGAACUGGCUAGGAAGCUGAGCGAGGCGAUCAUGAGAAGGAGCUUCAGCCAUGGCGGCCGCCGCCACCACCACCACCACGGCGCGGAGGGCGGGGUGAAGAAGUGGUUCAAGGGCCUCAUGAACCGAUUCUAGACGUACCGCCGGCCGGCGGCUGGUUGAUUUGGUCGUUUAAUUACUUUGGUUAAUCUGUUCUCUGCACUGUGUGCGUGACGUGGAGUGCUCUGCCAUUUCGUACCUUUUUUUGCUUCCUAUUCCACAUUACAUUACUACUUGUGUUGAUAUAUGUACUGGUGUGUUAGUUUACUCAGGGCUGUGAGAUUGUACGAGCAGCAAUGUUAUGUGUUUUUCCUGCAGAUUAACUAAUACAUUUGUCUUGUAUGUGUGCAAUUUUAU